AUGGGGCGGUGCGCGCACGCAGGGGGCGUGGCUGCACGACGUGUUCAGCCUCUGAGCGCUGUGCGGGUGGCACUUGGACUCUCGCCCUGGGAGGGAGACCGGUCCGCAGUCUCCAGCUGCAGAUCCGUGGACCCUCUUCACAGACGCUUCGCGCAGCCUCAGAUUGCCUUGGAUGGUGGCCUGCGUCUGACAGUCCCGUCAGCUCUUCUCAGCGCUCCUGAGGCCACAGCUGUCAGCUCCUCUGACCCUCAGCACUUGCCUGGAACGCCUGGCAUUCCUCUUGGCCGGCACCAUUGGCAGGGCCCUUGCAAUCCCAUCCGGGCAGCAGCCAAUUACACCAACGCACACCCUUGGCAGCAGAUGGACCAGGUCUCUCCUGGCGUCACAUAUGCCCCCCCAGUGGAUCCCUGGAUUGAGCGGCCCUGCUGUGGGGACCCUGUGUGUGCACGCACAACCUUGGAGCAGAAGAGCAUGGCCAUGAGUGCUCCCGGCGGAUCUGCUAACCCACCUGCUCAGAAACCAGAUCCAGUUCCACCAGGGGGUCCAGAACCCCAGAAGACAGAGGAGGAGGUUUCUAAGACAGAGGUAGACCAGGAGACAUCCUUAGGUACCCCACAGUGGGUGGCGGACACCUCAGAGGCCCCAGGAGACCUAACAGUUUCCCCACUCCCCACCCCACAGCCCUGGAUUCUGGACACAGCCCAGGCAGAUGCAGAUGCAGCAGUGCUCCUUGUGAUGAAGUGGCCUACAUAGCUGAGGAACCCCACAGCCCUCCAACAGGACGGGGUGGCUUUCCCAGAUACUGCCGUAUCCACUUGUUUUAUUGCUGGGCAGGAGGUGCACCUGUUUGGGCUCUGCUCUGAGCCCUUGUCUCCUUCACCACCCCACCACCUGUUAUAGCAGAAUAUUGGGCUCUACGCUGUGCCUGUCAUCCUCUCACUUCCCCAGUGGCCCAGAAGCUGCCUCCUCAGCUGCAUUUCCACUGGUUGGACAGUUUCAUACAGCAGUCCUCAUCAGAUAUUUCUAUGUCUUUAUAACCGCUCCACUCCCCAGACCCCUUUGUUCAAUGUUGGCUGGACUAAACUAGGUCUGCCAUGUCAGCCCUGUUUGGAUCUGUCCCUGGAUGGUGUCUCUGCUUUGGCCCCCUUGCCCAUCUUGGCUCCCUGUGACCUCUUUCCUCUUGGCUGGAAUUUAAGGAAGGCUGCAUGGAGGAAGCAGCCACUUUGAUCAUUUAGUAUGAGUGGAAUGGCAGAGAAAGAUGCUUCCCUAUGGGUUUACCAGCAGUCUUGGCCAGCUAGGGAGGUGAGAUACAGGCCUCCUUGCCAGUCUAAUUCAGUGUCAGGCAUUUUUCCCUUUUGUAUAUUAAGAUUGUAGUUAUGCCUGGUUUUCUUCAGAAGUUGACAUGAAUUUCUGUGUCUCAGUGCCUUUGCCCAUGUUGCCCUCCCACUUUCUGCUCUUCAGCAGUCCCUGCCUCCUUGCCCACUCUUACACAUUGCUGACUCAGCACUUAAACCAUAACACUAUAAAUGACUUCUAUCUUUGGGUAGGCUAUGAGCCUCUAGGGCAGGGGCUCCAUCUUGAUCAGCUUUGCAUCCCUGGUACACAAUUUGGUACUCAUUAAACAUAUGUUGAAUUUAUGGCUCA